AUGGCGGGCAGAAUGAGAAACAUCCAGGAGGACCUCCACAACCAGCCACUGCUGGGUGAGCCCAAGGAACCCAAGUGGAUGCAGAAGAAGCCUCAGCUCACCGUCACCACCGAAGGCGUGGUCAAGGAGGAGUCGUCCGACGUCACCGAGGUUCACAUGUGUUUGAAGGUUCUGAAACUGCUGCUGUCCAUCCUUGUUGGGUGCGCCCUGCUGGCUUGUCUGGUUUCCACGAAGGUUAGCACGAUCAUCAUUGCUCAGUCUUUGGCUCAUCACCAGAACUCAUCUGAAGCAGUCCGCGGUAACAAGACUCUCUUCUUGUCCAACGCGACCAAAGUUACGACGGAAGACGUGAAGAUGGGGACUGACGUAGUUGUGCUGACGAUCAUCAUGAUGCUGCCGUACCUGCUCACCUUCCUCAGGUGUGUCUGGAGAGGCAGGUGGGGCAAGAACACACCUUGGCCCACCCGGGAGGCACUGCUCUUUGGUGUGAUGACGGCCGUGUUGGAGGUGGUCGGUCUGACGAUGUUCACGGUUGUGGUCAUGUCCACCGCCCGGAGGUCCCUCAGCAUCGUCCUUAUGAACAGCAUCUUCCUCAUCCCGGCCUUCGUGCAGAUCAUACGUCACUUCCGGGCAAUAAAAGGAUGCGCAACGACUCUAAAAGAGGGGUGUAAGAAAGCUGGAAACCUACUGGGUAAUACUCUGUCCAUGGGGCUGGCAUUUUUGUCACUGGUGGUGGUGGUGUAUUUGGAAUCAUUAUCAAAUGAAGAUUGGACAGUACAGCUUACGAUUCCUGUGUCACUGCUGUGCCUGUCCUUCGCGUGGCUGCCAACGUUCCAGGAGGUGCAGACGAUCCAUGCCUUGGAUGAUGAUGAUGAUGAGGACAAGCCCAUGGACAGUGAGGCUGCACCAGGGGCACAGCAGGAGGACAUGGUCCUGAGGAUGCCCACUACGACUACCUACAACCGCUUGAGGCAGAGUCGUAUCAGCACCACCAUGAGGAAACUGUCGACCUUAGCGCCACCAGUGCGAACCCAGGCAGAGAUACCUGAGGAGCUGGCCCCAGAAACUACUCAAGCAGUGAUGGACAUCGAUCCACUUCCUGUGGAAAGUGCCAGGUGGCGCUGUGGCAUCAUCACCAACUUGCUGAAGCUGCUCCUGACCUUCCCGAUGGUUCUGCUGUGGUACGUCGUUUUCCUGAAAGGUAACCUAAACACAUUCUGGUUCCACUCCUAUGAGGUAUAUGAUGGCAUUACCAAAGACAACAGUAUUUUGGUAUCCUUCAUCGUGAACCUGUCGGCGGGUUUCGGCGCCAACCUGCUGGCCUGGAUGGCGUGCUCCAUCAGGAUGGACGUCAUCGGUUUUGUCGUGCCGCUCCUGUUGUCUCCUGUAGCCACAGCACUGUACACCUACAUCGAAGAAUUGUGUCUUCUUCCACUCUAUGGACUGAAUUCUUAUAAGGAGAUGCCUCCCAUGAUGUGUGAAGCAGGUUUAUUUGCAACCAAUAACGAGACAUCAUCGACCACAACGGAUAACCAAGAGAUGACCUACAGCCCGCAGUGGUAUGUGGAUCUGUUCGUCAUUAUUGGCCUGUACAUCGCCAUGGUGAUCACCUCUGUGCGGUACCUCUUCAGGAGCACUGCUACCAUCAUGGAAAAGGAAGAAAAGUUGUUCUGGUUGCCAGGAUACAACACCAUCUUCCCGGACCAGUGGCUCAUGCUGUCCCGCCGUAACGAGGACACCAGCCCCGAGCUGUUUGAGAGGUCCACACGCAGCCUGAAGAACACCAGGGUCUACAUCUGCACCACCAUGUACCGCGAGAAUGAACAGGAAAUGCAGCAGUUGUUACAGUCCAUCCGGGGCAUCGCGGAGGCCCAGGGUCCAGAGCGCCAGUACGAGUCGCACAUCUUCUUCGACGGCGGAUGUCAGAAGGGUCAGCCUACGGAGUUUGCCUUGCAGCUGCUGUCACUGACCGACAAGACCAUGGGGUCAGCCAAAGAGAAGAAAGGCAUCCUGCAUGAGGCUCAGAAGUGGGUGACUCCGUACGGGCUGCAGAUGGAGUGGCGCCUGAAGCUGAAUGCCGACAGCCUCCAGGAAACCCGCUUCUGUAUCCAUCUCAAGGACAACAGCAAGGUCCGUAACAAGAAGCGAUGGAGCCAGGUCAUGUACAUGUCCUAUGUACUGGAUCACCUGGUGUACUAUACUCCCCUGGGGAUGGAGUCUGGUGCAGUGAAGGACAGGGAUAUCCUGGCCAGUAGUGAAGGCAGGGACCACCAGGCUAAGUGUGCCCGUCUGAACGGCUCCGACUGCUGGAGAACUGAGUCUAACACCAGCCCAACACAGCAGUUUCUGGAGGUGGACCUUGGUGAGGAGACAGUGGUUACCGGAGCGUCUACCCAGGGAAACCCGAAUGACAACGAAUGGGUGAAGAAGUACAAGGUGGCCUACAGGACGGACAAGGAGAGUAUGUGGGAGUACUGCAAGGACAACACGGGGAGAGACAUGAUAUUUGAGGGGAAUGUAGACAACAAGAGUACGGUCACCCGGCUGUUUCCAACUCCAGUUACUGCCCGCUACAUCCGCAUUGAACCAGAUGCUGUCCAUGGACAGUUGGCUCUGCGUGCGGAAAUCCUCGGUUACAGCAAUGAAGAGAGGGACCGUGACAGCUACAUCCUCUGCACGGACGCCGACGUCAAGUUUGCGGCAAAGGACGCCAACGCUCUACUUGACGUGAUAACCCGAGACCCCGCCGUCGGUGCGGUGUGUGGACGUACCCAUCCCACAGGGUCUGGACCAAUGGUGUGGUACCAGAUCUUCGACUACGCUAUCGGCCACUGGUUUCAAAAGACUGCCAACGACACCCUGGGCACCGUUCUGUGCUGCCCGGGCUGCUUCAGUGUCUACCGUGCCAAAGCCGUACGCGAGGCCGUGAAAACCUACGCCUCGAAAGUCGACAAGGCUGACGAGUUUCUGACCAAGGACAUGGGGGAGGAUCGUUGGUUCUGUACUCUUCUGGUUGAGCGCGGCUGGCUGCUGCGGUACACGGCCGUGGCUGAGGACACCACCUACUGUCCCGAGGAGUUUGAUGAGUUCUUUAAGCAGCGGCGCAGGUGGACCCCAUCUACCCUCGCCAACUUGGUGCUGCUGAUCCGUACAUGGGGCGAGGGACGGAUGAAGAACCAGAACGUCUCCGUUUUCUUCAUCUUGUACCAGGCCUGUCUGCUCUUCUCCACUCUCAUUGGUCCAGCCACUUGCAUCCUCAUCGUCUCAGGUGGUGUCGAGUACGUGUUCGGAUACUUCACCUACACUCCACUGUUCAUCCAGCUGGCCGCCUGUCUGCUGUACGCCUGGUGCUGCCUCAACACAUCACAGUCCUUCCAACUACUGCUCGCCAAGGGUCUGACCCUAAUCUAUGCCCUCGUCAUGACGGUGGUUGCCAUAGGAACAGCCAAACAGAUUGUGGUGGCCUUCAUCACCAACUCCUCAGCCAGUGGUCUGCCGGAGCGCAUCAUCGCCUGCCCGAAUGAGCCUUACAAGCUGCUCCAGUGCCCCGGCAGCCUCGUACUCAACAUCACCAAUGCCACCUACGGGCGCAGCGACCCGUUCGUCUGCUCCCCCGUCUCCACCAUCUGGAGCCCUACUUUAUGCCCAGAGUACUUUGCUGAGGCAUACCCCCCGAGCCUGGCCAUGGGUGUUCUAGCUGGCGAAGAUGGUUUCAACUGUCAAGGAAAGCAACUUUGCAACCUGAUCGCAUCCUCCGAAUUCUUCCCUGCAAAUGUGUCCAUGCAAAAGUGGUGGGACAGAAGACUGGAGGGUCUUAAGAUGAGUGCCGACAAUAAUUCCUCCCAAGUGUCGCGUCGUGAGCGGUGGAAAAGAAACAUUCCAGAGUUCAAGGCAGGCAGUACUGUGUCAUCUAGUACUGCAGUUGGGCCCACCCUUGCCAUAGCGGUAUCAACUGGUUCUGCACCACCUCCACCCAAACCUACUACACCUCCUCCCAAACCUACGGACCCCCCAGCUCCUGAUUGUUCCUCGGUGUACCUGGAGGUCUUCUAUCGAUGCAGACGACCCAGUGGCUUUGACUUUACGGUGGACAUUCCAGCCAACAUCACCGUCCUCUACUUCCUUUGUCUCAUCGGGAUCUUCAUCGUGACGGCUCUUGUCCAUCCCUAUGAGUUCUACUGCGUGCUGCACGGCAUUUGGUACCUGUUCUGCCUGCCUGGAGGAUACCUGAUUCUGAUGAUCUACAGCAUCUGUAACAUGACUGACAGAUCAUGGGGAACACGUGAACAGAAAACCUUCAAGCCAGGGGGAGGAGGUGGGGGAAGCUGGUUCGACAACUUGAUGGACAAACUUCGCCAUCUUUGUACCAGCUGCUGCCCAUGGUGCCGACCGGGAGGUGGCUACCAGCGUGUCCCGACGUCUGAGCGCGUGAGUGUGGACAGCACCGCUGCCUCCCAGUCAGAUGGGGAGGAGGAAACUGUGGAUGAGGAGGAGGCAGAGGGAGCGAAGGAUGGAGAGACUGAGAGUAAGGAGGAUGCAAAGCCAACAGUUGAUGCUGAUGAGAUAACGGUGGAGGAACGUUCGAAACAACCGAAAAGUGUCGGGUUUGCCACACCAGAUGAUGGUCAUGAUGAGGAUCGACCAACAAAACCUAUGAUGAGGAAGAAAACUCCUUGGGUUGAAGCGGGACAAGUGGUUCGUGGCCCGUCUGCCCGACGCAUUGCUCGCCGUCCAACCAGGAGAUAUUCGCAGUACUACAGCCAGAAAGACUCCAUUUUACCCGUGCGUGGUUGGCUGGAGAGGUACUUCCCGCAAUGGAAGAUGACACAUAAGGACGACUUGGAAGAGUUCUUUACCACUCAUGGCUACGAUGACACCAGUUUUAUUUCUGGCAUGAAGAAUGAGGACUUGAUCGACAUCGGCAUGGGAGAUUCGUACAGUUUCUACCGCGAGAAGCUGAUGCGUGAAAUCAAGAAAAUCCCAGAGUACAUUGCAGAUUACAAAGUACCGGAAAGCACCCGUGAGUGGCUGAAGUCCAUCGGUCUGUCGGAGUACUUGCAGAACUUUCUGGAGCGAGAUGUGGUGACCAAGUGGGACCUUGCUAUCAUCAAGUCCAUGAAAGUGACCGAACUCAACGAGAGGUACUGCAUCACGAAGAAAGCCCAUGUCAAGCGCAUCAUGAAUUCUCUGAAGAACAUGAGAAACCCAAAUGACCGUGAGGCUGACAUUGAGAGGGUGCGGUACAUCGUGGACCAGCUGAACACCACCGUCAUGUUGGAGGCCGCGUCGACCCGACUGAACGAGGCGCUGUUCUGGGAGGCGCUCCGGGCGCAGUGUCUGGAUCCAGAACUCACCACCUUCAACGAGGUGGACGAACUCAAGCAAGCCCUUGUGGAUCUGCGGAAUGGUUGGCUGAUGGUGUUUGCUGUCGCCAAUGCCAUCUGGCUGACCCUCAUUCUCGUCCUCACGCAACAGUCUGAACUGGCCAUCCUGGGUUCCAAUCCCAUCGGCCUGGCAACGGCGCUGUGCUUUGGUGUCAUCCAGGCCGUCCAGUUCCUGGCCAUGUUGUUCCACCGCGGCCUUACCCUGAUGCACCACACCGCUCGGAUACCCUACCCCACACGGCGCCCGUCCUUCAGGAAGAAACCAAGGAACGGUGGGAGGAGUAUGAGUGUCCAGGCCAUGCCCGGCAGCGGGGACGUGUCGUACCGCAACUCCCUUAGUAACAGACAAAAUGGUGUUGCACACUACAACCAGGCCUUCAGGAUGGAUGAGGAUGACGAAAGGGAAACCAUUCCAAAGGUGUGAUGAAGGAAAUUAAAGGUCUUCCAUGCAAGCAGGGCAAGACGUUAAGGUCCCUCCAACAAAGUCUAUAACUGAAUAGAAUGCAUUGUGAAUGCUGAGAGCUUUAAAGAGUUAUAUUGUGUUUAAGUUUCCCUGGCAAUAUAAAUUAUGGAAAAUGAAUGUAGUCUACUGCAUGCAGUUUUGAUUUCUUGAUACUUGCUCAAUUCAAGAGAUCGGAGAAACGAAUUCUUGGAAUAAUCUAGGCAAGAGAGCAAUGACAGAAUUCCUGUCUUUCCAUUCUUUGGAGGACCUACCUGUUCACUUAAUGUAUAUUUAGGUAUAAGGUAUUAGGCAGAAGAAAUCGAAUAGUUAAUGUAUAUAUAUGAACCUUUUGCCUUAUGCCUAAAAUGUAAUAUAUUUAGCUUGUCUGCAGAGAUGGCCGCUAAUCCAGGUUUGACUGUAGUUGUCAUUUUCUUUUCUUUGCAUUGAUAUGUAUUGUUGGUUUGUUUUUUUCCAAAUCGAAACUUGAUAAGAGCCACUUUAAAGUUGAGAUGAACAGAUAAAUCAAUUGAAAUGUAGUUAAGUUGAGUAGUACGUAAGGUAGAGAACAAACUGUCUUGGGUUGUAAAUAACAUUUCACACCUUUGACAAAUGUAAUUGUGCCAAAAAAAACUUUAUGAAUCUCUCAUCGCAAAAUUUGAUGUAGAAUAAGUUAAGCCCAUUUUGUUGUUUUAUGAGACAUGAGAAACAAAAUGUAAACUUGCUCGCUCCAAUGUAUAAGAUAUAAUGAUGAAAUGAAUGCCUUGUCACAUUUACAUAGAAUCAACAAACUACAUGUAGAUCAGAAUGACUGUUUUUGCCAUGUUUUGUCAGCAAGCUUUUUCAAACUGGAUAUGAGGAAUAUCUUGGCAGUAGUCAGUAUCUCGACAAGUAUUUUGCUCACUUUGAAGUUUUGGUGUGUUUGUUUUGAAUAAGCUGUAAACCACCUCAAAACAUAACACAGACCAGUUUUGUGUUUUGGCAAGUUGUUAAAUAAUAAGCUGAACAAGGUGAUUAGUAUUUCAAAUACGUUUAAGUGUAUCAUGAUUCUAUGCUUGCUUGAAGUGAUAGCUGUUGUAAAGCUAC